AUGGUAGCUUCCAGAAAAGACCCGGGAGCCAGGCGUCUGCUGCUCUGGCUUCUGCUCCUGGCAGCCUGGGAGACUGGGAGCGGCCAGGUCCACUACUCGGUCCCCGAGGAGGCCAAGCAAGGCACCUUCGUGGGCCGCAUCGCGCAGGACCUGGGGCUGGAGCUGGCCGAGCUGGUGCCGCGCCUGUUCCGGGUGGCGUCCAAAGGCCGCGGGGACUUUCUGGAGGUGAAUCUGCAGAACGGCAUCCUGUUCGUGAAUUCCCGGCUGGACCGCGAGGAGCUGUGCGGGCGGAGCGCGGUGUGCGGCGUCCACCUGGAGGUGAUCGUGGAGAAGCCGCUGCAGGUUUUCCACGUGGAGGUGGAGGUGAAGGACAUUAACGACAACGCGCCGGUGUUCCCAGUAUCACAGAAAACAUUAUCCAUUUUAGAAUCUAGGCCGCCUGAUUCUCGGUUUCCACUAGAGGGCGCGACUGACGCGGACAUCGGCUCCAAUGCUUUUCUAACCUAUAGUCUCACUCCUAGUGAUUAUUUUUCACUGAACGUAAUUUCAAAAAACGAUCAAAAGAAAUUGAUAGUACUCAUAUUGAAGAAAUCGUUAGACAGAGAAGAAAUUCGUGAGCAUUCCUUGCUACUAACAGCCACAGACGGGGGCAAACCUGAACUCACAGGCAGCGUUAACCUGCUUAUUAAGGUCUUAGACGUCAACGACAAUGCCCCUGAGUUUCAACAAUCUGUGUAUGAGAUAAGUCUUCCGGAAAAUGCCAAAAAUUGGACGGCUGUGAUAAAGUUAAAUGCUUCAGAUGUGGAUGAAGGUUCCAACCAAGAAAUUACCUAUCAUUUUAGUAAUGAAGUAUCUUUUAGGAUAACAGAAAUAUUCACCAUCAUUUUAAACACUGGAGAAAUAAGACUAAAAGGGAAUUUAGAUUAUGAAGCCAUCCCCUCUUAUGAAAUCCUAGUGGAAGCAGCAGAUAAGGGGAUUCCGCAAAUGAGAGGGCACUGCACAGUCCUUGUGAAUAUCCUGGACGUCAAUGAUAAUGCCCCUGAAGUAUCCGUAACUUCUCUGUCUCUUCCGGUCAGAGAGGACGCUCCACUCAGCAUGGUCAUCGCCGUGAUCAGCGUGUCCGACCGGGACUCUGGUGUCAAUGGUCAGGUCACCUGCACCUUGAUGCCCAAUGUCCCCUUCAAGCUAGUGUCCACCUACAGGAAUUACUAUUCUCUGGUGCUAGACAGCGCCCUGGACCGAGAGAGAGUACCGGCCUAUGCUCUAGUGGUGACAGCCCGGGACCGGGGAUCGCCUUCCCUGUCGGCCACAGCCAGCGUCUCCGUGCAGGUGGCCGACGUGAACGACAACGCGCCCGCUUUCGCGCAGCCCGAGUACACAGUGUUCGUGAAGGAGAACAACCCGCCCGGCAGCCACAUCUUCACGGUGUCGGCGCACGACGCGGACGCGCAGGAGAACGCGCUGGUGUCCUACGCGGCGGGCGGCGCGGGCAGCCCGUUCCGCGUGGGUCUGUACACCGGCGAGGUGAGCACGACGCGCGCCCUCGAUGAGGCGGAUGUGCCGCGCCAGCGCCUUCUGGUGCUGGUGAAGGACCAUGGCGAGCCCCCCCUGACAGCCACGGCCACUGUGCUGGUGUCACUUGUGGAGAGAGGCCAGGCCUUGAAGACGUCGUCAAGGACGUUGACAGGCGCCAAGGACCGAGAGGCGGCACUGGUCGAUGUCAACGUGUACCUGAUCAUCGCCGUCUGCGCGGUGUCCAGCCUGCUGGUGCUCACGCUGGUGCUGUACACGGCGCUGCGGUGCUCGGCGCCGCCGAAAGAGGGCGCGUGCGGGCCGGGGAAGCCCACGCUGGUGUACGCCAGCGCGGUGGGGAGCUGGUCUUACUCCCAGCAGAGGAGGCAGAGGGUGUGCUCUGGGGAGGGGCCGCCCAAGACAGACCUUAUGGCCUUCAGCCCCAGCCAACCUCCGGUUCUGAACGUGGCAGAAAGAAAUGAACAUCCAGAAGCAAAUUCGGAUCUUUUUGGUAAUGUAGAGGCUGGGAUUUGA